GAGCCCUGCCGGACCUCACUUCACCAGUUUACGGCUUGUGUUUCCAGUUCAUGGUGUGAGAGUGACGGUUCAUGCUGCCUACUUGUUUUACACAAGUCUUUAUACACUUACACACGGCAUUGUAAGCAACUGUUACUAGUACUUGAGCGUUUAGUUUAUUAUCUAGGAAUUACUAGUAUUUCUUUUGUCUGGGGACGUCUUGCUUUGCGUGCUCUCGCCGUGCUUGCAAUCAGCUUCUUUCAAUUCAGAAUUUUGACAUCGUACGGACUGGUGACCCACUAUUCGUGACCUGCUAUUCUCAUCUACCACUAUGAAUCAUCUAAACAUGUCUGAUGGUCACCAUCACCCGAUGGUGAUCAACCCACAUCAACUGCAGCCAGUUCGCAUGCCGGUGCGUAUGGUCUGCAUGAUGCCAAGUCACACCCCAGCACCUGCCUCUGGACAGCCAUCCAUGCAGCCCCAUGUGAUGCACCCAUGCCCGCAGCCGAUGCUGACGUCAACUGCAAUGUAUUCGCCCUGGGCACACCCUGCAAGUAGACCACCAAUGCCAAUGUAUACUGGUUAUGUCAUUACUAAUCAAGUCCAGCCACAAUAUGCAACCGCUCCUCGGGUAGCCAGGGUGCAGCAAGUUCCAAUGCACGCAUCCAUCCCUGAACAGGCUACAUCACCUCAGGGCAGUGAUUCAAGUCGGAGGAGCAGUAGCAGCAGCAGCAGCAGCAGCAGCCGCUCGAGCACACAAGCAGUUUGUGCUCGUGUCAUUCCAUACAAUGUGUAUUCUGAGGCAAGAGCUUCUGCUGCAAGAGUAAAUAGUGAUGACGUAGGUUCUGUUUCAGAGCAGCAAUUGCAACAGCAGCAGCAUCAACACGCCCACCAAAUGCAGCACAACCAGCAACAACAGCUUCAAAGGCAACACCAACUACACCAGCAGCACCAGCACCAGCACCAGCAGCAGUAUUCACAUAUCUUACAGAACCCGCCGCAACCGUCCGAACCUGACUUGUUUGCACAGGAAUCACUUUCACCCAGCAUUGAAAGGCGAAGCGAAGCAUCGUCACAAAGUAGCUUAAGAAAAGUCACACAAUCAGGAGCAAUUUCAACACAUGCUGUCUCGACUGUGACAUCAGCGACUACCACUGAAAUAAGCAGUGCUGAGACUGCUCGCCAAGGCAGUCAUGCAAGCAAAGACAGUUCGGGCACUCGCGUGUCCCACCAUCACCCAUUUCAGGCGAAGAAGCAUGUGAAAAAGAUGAAUGUUGCCUCUGCUAAAUCCUUGACCAAACCACCUGGAAGAAAGAAGAUGAAGCCCGUUGCUGCCAGUUCAUCAGCAGCAACAUCGAAGUCCUCAACAGCAGCCUCAAAGAGCUCCUCUUCAGUUGCCCUUCACCGCAAGAAGGCUUUGGCUGUGUCUAGGAAGCACAAGCGCCUCAGAUCGCACAAGAAACCCAAGGACGCGCCGUUGAUAUGCACCGGCAAGAGGAAGCGCACGCCAACAGAGAAGAAAGAGGCAGCGGAUACGGAGAAAAUGAUAAAGAGUGCUAUGCGUAUUACUGCUGCUACUACUACUACUACUACUACUACUACUACUACUAUUACUACUACUACGCAGCCAGUUGAAAAGCCCAAGAAAGCACUCAAGCCAGCACCUGCUGCAGCACCACGGGCACUUUCAAAGAAGCCAGUAGCGCAGUCCGCAGCGUCGCUGCCAUUCAAUGCGAAGAAAGUAGACAGCGUUGCAAGCAGUCGGAGAGUUUCCCGUGACAGUAAAGAACCAGCAGAAUCAGCAGCCGAGGAUGACGUUGUCGGUGGAGACUGUCCUGUUCCAGGUUGUCAAGGACUAGGCCAUGCGCGAAUUGGAUUCUCCACACAUAGAAGUGUAUCCGGCUGUCCCAUUGCACGAGCAUGGAGCACAAUACAUGAGUCAGAAAUCAAGCGGACUUUGAAGCACAUGAAAGCCGUUGAACGGUUGCGAUUGGAGAUUGCUGAAGAAGACCGGCUCAUGUCGGUUCUACUGCCGUUCAAGGAAGCGCUGGAACGGACUUCAGCCGAGCUGGCAUCGCGUGAAGAAAACAGUUGUGACGACACAGAGGACUGUGGAAGUCCACACCAUCCAGCAGAGACUGAUGGUGACGGCACUCCUCGUCCACACAUCAAUAGUGUCACCGCUACUCCACGUUCCAAGGCAGAACACUCCGACACCGCUGCUGCUACUUCCGGCACUACCACUCCAAAAGCUUGUGCUGCUGAGAGCAGUAGUAGUGCAAGUACUCCGCAGGCCUAUCACCCUGUCUUUCCAAGCACGUCUACAACUUCAGGUGCGUUCUCACCAGCUAGGAGAUUGUCCGAUAGCAAUUAUAGAUUGAGUCAGCAGGCUAUUAGUGGUAAAUUUGACAGCAGUGCAAUGUCACAGUCCUCGACGGUCUACUCGCCAGAGGUGCCCAGUGCCGUCACCUUGUCAGCCCAGCACAGUCCCUCGUCACAGUCCGCCAUGUCAACGCCAUCUGGUAGAGUCUUUCCGGCAGUUUGCGGCAGUUCGCCAGUACAAACGACAACUGUUAUGCCGCUGCACACGCUUUCAACUUUGGCCACCGAGUCUGUCUUUUCCUAGCUCAAGUUUGAUCACAGCUCUCGCAAACAGGGACAGUGAUCUCUUGCGAGGAACCUGGGAUAUUGUUUUCGACGUCUUAUGGAAUUAGUUUAGAUUUUACUUUGUAGUCUGCAGUGUUAUAGAACUAGUCUGUCGUAGUGGCAGCAUGGAUGUUAUGUGUCAUAGUGGCAGCAUGGAUGUUAAAGCAUAUACAUAUUUAGGUCAUUGGGUUUCCUGCCCGGAUUUCCGUAGGGUGAUCACGACAGUUCCAAAUAAGCAUUAUUAUUAUUAUCAUUGAUUCAUAUUCACUCUACUAUAUCAAUUGUUGCACCUAACAUUCGAGCUUGCCGACUUGAGCCCUACUCAGUUAUACUUUAUAAAUAUUAUCAUUUACCUCUUGCCCAUUUACCAUGAUGAUUAACUGUUACUUGAUUUGCUCCACUCAUGCAUCAGUUGAGAUAUUUUCCACAUGGUCAAACCAGCACAUGAAAUUCAUUAGUUCCAAUUUUCUCUUUUGUCGUCUUCAUUCCGUAUCAAGUAAUAAUAUAUGUGCAUGGCUACAUGCCAUACUGGAUCAA